AUGUCUCCUCACCAGCGCACUCCUCACCAUUCCCGCUGCAAAGCCAAACGUCUCCUCCUCCGCGACAUCCGUCCCACCCCAAACUCACGCAACCAAUCCCUCCUCCGCAAAUCCGACCUCUGCCCUAAACAGUGCAUCUACUGCGACAUCUGGAAACUAGCUCUCCUUGUCUAUUCGCGACAAGCCCAGCCCACUUCUAAACCAAACACGCCGACUACUCCUUCCUUUCCAACACGCCAACAAUCACAAUCAUACUACUCGCCCCGCCCGUCCCCCACCUCACCCUAUCCACCAAAUGACCACCAACAAGCUCUCAGAGCCGUGGAAGCAGGCCACACCCUGCAACGCGCACAACUAUCUUCGAUCCUCUCCAUCUGCACCGUCGAAGGAGCAGAAGAGUCCGAAGGCCUAAGAAUCGCGCACGAUAGGUGUCUUGGUGCGGUGUUGGAGCUGGUGAGGAGGGAGCGCGCGAUCAGGAGGGAGAUGUCGCAGGAAGAGGAGCGGGAGGAGCAGGAAGAACAGGACCGAAGGGAGAGGGAGAGCCGGCAGAGGGAAGCGAUGCUGAAGAGAGAAAGGGAGCGAAGGGAGAGGGAGUUCGAGUACCGAUAUGCUGGGGAGAGCUGUGGCUACGGUUCUCUGAGGAGGGGCAGCGGAGGUGUGGUGGUCAGUUGUGCCAUGUGA